UCUGGAGCCGGGAGGGGGGCACCGAUGACGGAGGUGUAAAAGCGCGCUCCAGCUGUGGCUCCAGCGCAGACCGGACAGCGCUGCUCUCUCUGACCGCCUUUGAAACGCUCUCUCCUGGACUGCACCAUGUCUGCGCCCGCGGGCCCAAAGAUGUACUCUAAACUCAUCACCGGGGAGCAGGGCCCCAGAGUCUCUCCGUCUGCGGCUGGUCGGCCACAAGGAAGAUCUGCUCCUAGUCCCGGUCUUAGUCCUGGUCGGGGUCCUGGUCUAUACAAAGCCUCUACCAUGGCUCUGGCUGCUCUGUGUGUGAUCCCGCUCAUCUUCGCCAGUGGUCUGCCUACUCACAAUCAGAAGAACCAGACGAGUGAAGGAGAGACCAUCCCUCAGACUGAGAAACAGGAGCAGGAGGUGAAUGUGACAGAGCUUCUGUCCAUCAUCAGCAAACUGAAGGAGGAGAACCAGCAGCUCAGGGCCGAGCUCAACAGCUCCAAAGCUGUUCAGACCCUCAGUCCUCCUCUCCAGUGCCCUCCCACCUGGUUGCCUUUCAGUGGCAGUUGUUACUAUAUCUCCGGACAGGCUCUGAGCUGGGAAGGGAGUCAGAGUUUCUGUGAAAGCCAGGGCGGCCACCUCGCCAUCAUCAAGAGCAAAAAGGAGCAGACAUUUCUGUGGAACCUUAUUCCUCGUACUGACCGGAGCGAGUUCUGGAUUGGCCUCAUAGACGAAUUCCCUCCGGAUUUGUGGUACUGGGUGGACGGGACGCAGCUGGUUGGAGGGUUCUGGGUGUCGACGGAGCCCGAACCCCAAUACCCUGAUGAAUGGGGGCCCAUGACUUCAUUACCUAUUCCUACUGGGGUACAUGACAUCAUGCCCAAUGACUGUGGAUUCAUCUCGAAGAAGUUGGAGACCAGAGUGGCCACUCGCAGCUGGUACCAAGCCCCCUGCAGCACGAUUCUGGACUUUAUCUGUGAGAAGAAAGUUCCAGGAGCAACCGCCAAGAGCCAAAAUUAAAGAGCACCACCCAGACCGAAGCACACAAUCUGAACUAGGAGUCUGCCUUUUAAAGAGUGACCAGGAGUGUCCACCAAGAGCCUGAACUAAACUGGAGCACCACUCAGAAGAACCCAACCAAUCUGAGCCAUGCACCUGCCCAUCAUCUGUGAGAAAGAAGAACCAGGAGGAGCCAUCAAGAGCCUAAAAUAAACCAGAGCACCACCUAAACUAGAGCACCACCCAGACGGAAGAACCACCCAGAGGAAACCAACUCAUCAGAACCAUGAGUGUGCCCUUUAUCUUUAUCUGUGGGAAGGAGGAGGCAUGAGCAACCACCAAGAACCAAAACUAACUAAACCUGCCACUUAAACCAGAGCACCCAACCUGAACCAGCAGUCUGCCCUUCAUCUGGGGCAAAGAAGAGCCAGGAGGAGCCACCCAAAGUGAACCAACAACCAAUUUGAACCAUGAUUCUGCCCUUUAUCUGUGAGGAGGAAGGGCCAAGAGCACCAACCGAGAGCCCAAAUUAUAGGCACCACCUAAACUAGAGCACCACCGAGACUGAAGAACCACCCGGAGGAAACCAACCCUCACAGAACCAUGAGUCUGCUCUUCAUCUCUAAGAAACAGGGGCCAGGAGCAAGCAUCAAGAGCCCAAACUAACUCGACUAGAGCACCACCCAAAGUGACCCAGACUUCUCACUGAGAGAGAGAAAUGUUUAAUUUAUAAUAUAUUCAUUUUACUAU